AUGGUAAAUUUUUGCAAAUGGGCAAAUAAGAUGUCCAAUUAUAACCAGACUUUCUGGGAUGUAACUGGUAAGGAUGUUACUGAUUUUGUUAUUAAUUACCUUACGCAGUAUUCUUUUCCUGCUAAUUUGAAUGAUGCGAACAUAGUUUUGAUCCCCAAGAAAUGUACCCCCGAGUUUGUUUCUGACCUGAGACCGAUUGCUUUAUAUAACAUCCUUAUUGCGUCUGAGGUUGGUCAUUAUUUGAGGAGGAAGCAGGUAGGGCAGGUUGGUUGGGCGACCUUAAAGCUUGAUAUGGCUAAGGCUUAUGACAGGAUGGAGUGGCCGUUUGUACAGCAGAUGAUGUUGGGAUUGGGGUUUGAUGAAAGGAUUCUCAGUCUAAAUGACUUAUUCAUGGUUGUAGGGUGGCCCGGGGGGGCGCCGCCUAUCUCUCAUUUGUUUUUUGCAGAUGACAGUUUGCUUUUCUUUAAAGCUAAUCUGAAAAGGUGCUUGGGCGUAUAUGAGGCUUAUUCGGGGCAGGCGGUAAAUUUUCACAAGUCUGGUGUUACGUUUAGCCGUAAUACAACUGAUAGUGAUAGGGAUCUCGUUGCAGGAUCUUUGGGGGUUGCCCAGGCAGAUGAUUUUGGUAAGUACCUUGGUUUGCCUUCAGUGGUAAGCAGGAACAGAAAGGCAGUCUUUGCAUAUAUUAAGCAGAAGUUGAAGCAGAGGUUCGGUUCUUGA